GAGCGACAAUAUAUAUACCGAAGCCAUCGAAGGGAGCCGCGACCAUCGAAGCUGGAACCAAAAUGGCUAGCAGCGCCGCUGAGAAGACGGCGGACGAGCUCCGUAAGGAGAUUCAAGAACUCCAUCGACGACAGAGGGAGAUCACGGAGCGGCUCCGAGAUCCAAGAGGCAUCCGCCGUGGUGGCCUGGCUCAAGGAAGCGCAGCAGGACCCCGCAACCGCGGUGUCGUUCGACCUGCGGUUGAUGCGGAGGACCAGCCACCGCAAAAGAGACGCCUGUCUUCUGCCAUCGUGAAAUUGGAGGAUGGAGAGAUCAAAGAAGAUGCAGGCGCAGCAGAGGGUGGCAACACAGAAGAUCCUCUUUCCAGGGGUGGUAUUGCUGCCAACAUGGAUAGGAAUGAUCAGAAUAUGUCUUAUCCACAGAGCAAUGUUGGUGGGUUUAGAAGGGAUGGUGGUUCUAGGAUGCGGAGGAUGGAUAUUGAUAUGGCAUUACCUGAGCCAACACCAAGAGAGCCCAAAUUAAUUCAGGAUGCUAGCUUGAUAAAGAGGAAUAAAAGAAUGCUGGGUCAACUAUUAGGGACGCUGGAGAAAUUUCGUGAAGAGGACGAGAAAUUAUCAUCAACAGAAGCAUAUAUGCGUAGAUCAGAUUUAUUGAAAAGGGCAGAAGAAAAGGCUCGAGAAGAAAGUGAAAAAUUAAGGCAACAAGAGCGAGAGCAAAUUGCUGAGAAACGGAAACGUGAUCUGACUCUUCGAGCUCGUGUUGCUGCUAAGGCACAAGAGAAGAAGUGGGAGUUAAUGUUUCUCUCCUGGUCUGAACAUCAUAAGAAGCUUUCCAACUUUUUAAGAACCAAGGCAGAACCUCCUAUAUACUAUCUGCCAGCCAAACCUCUUCUUGAUGAUCCUGCAGCAGUUGAACAGCAAAGAGAACAGGCUUUUAUUAAAUGGAAGACUGCAAGAAGGGCUGAGCUUUCAGACUACCAAAAGCAGAUCGAGGAGCAAUUUCUAUCAAACGUGGAGAAACAACUUGAAAGGUGGCAGAAUGCUAGGAAUAACAGGAGAGCUGACAGCCUGGUGAAUCUACAGGAGACAAUGGACAAGGAGCUGGAAACACAUCAACUGGAGCAUGGUCCAAAGACACGGAGGAUUGCCGGAGGCAAUGACGACGAAGAGGAUGUGGAGGAUAUAGCUGCCGAAGAUGAGUUAAUGGAUGAGGUUCUCGGGGCACAUGACCAGGAAAGGAUUGAUGCGGAUGCAACAAAGAUUUCUGACGUUGAUAAUGGCAAUUGAUAGUCAUGAUAAUCUCUACUCAACCGUCUACUUUAUUUACGCGCCUUGUCCAUGUUCUUAAAAUUUGGGUUUGUGUUCACGCCUUGUUUGGAACGGCAACUUGUUGUGGCCUUGAAGAUCUGGAGUUGUUUAGAUUGGCAAAAAUGUGUAUCUGCACUCCGCUUUGGUUAAUUCAGUCGCCUAACAUGAAAGCUUGUUGCUUUUCAAGAUUCUGUUGAUACUUCAUAAUUGGCUGAUUUAUAAAUGAACAAUGAUGGUCUUUAAGCACGUUCAA